ACGCAAAGAUUAUGAUUACGGCAAGGGUCUGUGGCUCCAACCAGUGCGCACCCAUUUUACGUCGGAUCUAUCUUAUUCAAGUUUGUCAGCUAAAGCUAUCAGUUGGAAGUUUUAUCAAGUUUUAUUGUGGUUUUAUUUGUGAAUUGUUAUGUAAAGAAAUAUAGUGAUGCUUUUGAGGUCUUGUGGUGGUAAACCAAACGCAAUUAAGAUUUUAUUAGUGAUGCAAAGAACGAUGUGUAUACUUUAAUGUUAACAGUGAAAGAUUAAACUUAUCGUGAAGUGAUGAGGUGUUUCCUACCUGUGCCGUCAGAAAGUUUUCAAAGUUGUUCAACUUUUGUUUUAGUUGAAAAUGUUAAAAUGCAAAUAUUGGCUUAUCGCCAUUAUUGAAAAGGAUUGUUUUAAUAUUUACCAAGAUAGCAUUGUUUAGGUACAAACUACUAGUUGCUGUUCUUCCAGCUUUCAAAAGUUCAUUUUCUAUAACGUAUUGCUUGAUGCGGUGACAGGAUGGAUGCGGCGGACAAGCGGAUGUUGGAUCGCGAGGCGCUCCGCAACAUGAUCCAGCAAUGGAACGCCAACCGCCUCGACUUGUUCGAACUCAGCGAACCCAACGAGAAUUUAGAAUUUCAUGGGGUCAUGCGAUUCUACUUUCAAGAUUCGGGUCAGAAGAUAGCUACCAAGUGCAUCCGUGUUGCCUCCGACGCUACUGUUAGCGAUGUUAUAGAAACGUUAAUCGAAAAAUUCCGUCCAGAUAUGCGCAUGCUAUCCCUAGGCUCGUAUUCGCUGUGGGAGACGCACGGGCCCGACGACGAGCGCCGCCUCGAGCCGCACGAGAAGCCGCUGCUGGUGCAGCUCAACUGGCACGCGGACGAUCGCGAGGGCCGAUUCCUGCUCAAGUGCCUUACUAACAAUGAGGUUCCAUUGUCAACGGUUAACGAAAAAGCGGAUCAGAACUUUAAACGAAAAUUGUCGAAGCGAGAGAAAAAAGAGUUGAAAAAGAAGGAAAAGCUAUCAAGAUUAAAAUCCGAUACGAACGACGAGAACCGACCUGUUGCGGAAAAGCUAUAUACAGAAUUACCAGAGACAUCGUUCACUCGCAGCAUCAGCAACCCCGAGGCGGUGAUGCGGCGACGCAGGCAGCAGAAGCUCGAGCGGAAACUACAGCAGUUUCGCUCUAAGGACGGCGGCCCGGACACAGGUGGAACUCUGAAAAUAUAUGGGUCUUCUCUGUGCCCCGACGUUCCGUACAAGACGCUCCUGCUGUCGGUAGGAGACACGGCGGCCGGCGUCGUACGCGAGAUGCUCGACAAGUACGGCCUGUCCAGGCACGACCCGCACCAUUACUGCAUCGUGCAGGUGGACACAGCGGACAAUUCGGAAUAUAUUCUUGAAGACGAUGAGUGUCCGCUCGCUAUCGUGAUGACACAUCACCACCGCAGCUCCAUCAUGUUCCACGUGCGGCGGCGGCCGUCGGACGCGCAACCGCGGCGGCGCAAGAAGAAGUCCGGCGCGGGCACGGGCAGCGCGCGGCCCGGCAACGAGCCCAUGCUCGUCGAAGUGGCGCCCGACGGAUCCACACUUGAGAACGGCCGCCGAGUGCGAAUUACGGACCUUGUUGAGGUGGGUUCGGGCAACGGCACCGCGCUUCAGCUGUACGGGCCGUCGAUCCAGCCGCGGCACUGCGUGGUGGCGCCGGCGGAAGGCGGCGGCUUCAGCGUCACACCGCUGCACACCGACGCGCAAGUCUACGUCAACGGGCGGCGCACGAUACACACGCAACGCUUGCAGCAUGGCUGCUUGCUCAAAUUCGGGCGAGUUUCGACUUUUCGCUUUGUGGAUCCCGCCCAAGAGAACAUCAUUAACAGAAAUCUUUCGCAAUCACAGCACUACGGCUCCGGCUCCAUAUACGACAGAUCGCCGCCGGGCGAGCACAGGAACAGCGGCGCCAUGUCGCCCACGUCGCUGGGCUCGCAGGCGCCUGACGCGCUGGACGCCAACGCCAACGCCGACUACCCGCGCGCCAGCCCGCUGUCGCACGACUUCGCGCCCUACAACAACAACACACUCAAGCUCGACGACGACUCGCUCGCCAUGUCGCCGCGCCUUCACGACGAGCGUGACGACCCCGCCGCUCCCGGCGCCCGCGUGCCCGCCGCGCACUACCGGGACAACUACGAGACUACGUUCGAUCUCGACGGGAACGUCGAGACCAAAAGCAUCUGUAGCGCUAAAAGUGGGGGAUCGGGCCACGACAACAGGAGCGGCAUGGGCAGCGUGGCGCGCAGCGGGCAGGAGGCCAUCCUGCCGGCCGUGCUGGAGUUCCCCGAGGCGGGACAGGCGCAGUUCCUGGCCGCCGUCAUCUCGCACCUCGACCCGCAUGCGCCCGCCUUCAAGCUUGCACCCGUCUACACGCUCUAUCUGUGCGCCAGGUAUCGUGCUUCCACUCAUUAUCGUCCGGAGUUAACGCCGACGGAGCGGGCCCACAAGCUCACCGCAUUUCUGCAUCACGUCGCUACGCUUAUUCACGCAACUGUACAGGAGCGAUGUACGGAUUCAGCUGCGCAAGCGUUCUGGAUGGCGAAUGCAAGUGAAUUAUUGCAUUUCCUAAAGUGUGAUCGUCACAUUUCAUCAUUUUCCACUCAAGCGCAAGACUUGCUGCCCACUACAGUACAAAAUGCUUUCAGUAACCUCGUAUCGUGUUUCCAAGAGGAGUUAUCCCGUGCACUGGCCGAGCUGACGAGCCCCGCGGCGGCGGACGCCACGGAGGCCACGGCGCCCACGCUGCAGGCGCUGGCGGCGGCCAUGGUGCUGCUACGCCGCUGCCGCGUUAACGCCGCGCUCACCAUCCAGCUAUUCUCGCACCUCUUCCACUACAUCAACGCCGUGUGCUUCAACAAGCUGGUGACGGAGGCGGGCACGGUGAGCGCGCGCUGGGGCGCGGCGCUGUCGGCGCGCCUGGCGCUCGUGGCGGCGUGGGCCGAGCGCCAGGGCCUGGAGCUGGCCGCGGACUGCCACCUGGCUCGCACGCACCAAGCAGCUCGUCUGAUCUCGGGCACGUACCGUAGCGCGGAGGACGUGUGUGGCGCGCUGGGCGCGUGCUUCAAGCUGAACUCUGUGCAAGUGCGCGCCCUGCUGGCGCCGCUGCUGCCGCCGGAGCUCGUGGACGCGGCCGUCGCGCACGCGCGCUCGCGGGCCGACGAGCUUUAUCGCGCUGACGGACGAGAGAUAACACUAGAAGAGAGCGUGUGGCUGGGCGCGGCGCUGCUGAUCCCGGGCGACGGGUUCAGCGCGGAGGUGGUGCGCGGCGUGCCGCCUGGCCUGGCGGAGUUUGUGGCGCCGCUGCAGCGCGGCGGCCUGUGCCGGCUGGCGCACCAGCCGCACGCGCUUGGGCUAUGGACGGUGUACAUGCACGGCUACGGUGCGCCCGCGCACGCGCCGCACGACCACCCGCGCGUGCACAUCGUUCAGCUGCACAAGAACUCUAACGGGAUGGGCUUGAGCAUCGUUGCCGCUAAGGGUGCCGGGCAGAGCAAGUUGGGCAUCUACAUAAAGUCGGUGGUGCCGGGCGGCGCGGCGGCGGCGGACGGGCGUCUGGCGGCCGGCGACCAGCUGCUCUCCGUCGACGGACACUCGCUAGUCGGCAUCACGCAAGAGAAGGCAGCAGAAUAUUUAGUACGGACGGGUCCUACGGUCACGCUGGAAGUAGCUAAGCAAGGUGCCGUGCUCCACGGUUUGGCGACCCUUUUGCAUCAGCCGGCCUACAACCAACGACAAGGCGCUGGAGGCGUCAGCGGUGGUGCGGCGCGACGAGCCUCGGAGCGUGACCUGCCGUCUCGCCUCGCGGCCGAGCCCGUGAAGCCCAGCAAGAGCACGCCGGCGCUGCACCACGCGCCGCUCGCCUCGCCGCUGUCGCCCGCCUCGCCCGCCUCGCACGCCUCGUCCUCGCACCUCGCGCAGCAGAUGCAUCCGCCGAGCGCGCUCUCGCCGCAAGCCGCGCACACGCCGCUGCAGACCAGCAGCACCAUGUCGACGCUAAGCGGCGGAGCGAGCGCGGCGGGCAGUGCGUGGGCGCACAAGUCGCGCAGCAGCCACAACCUGUCCGCCCAGAGCGACUCCUUCUACCAGAACCUCUCCUCCGUGCACGCCCACCAUCAUCCCUUGCAGGAUAGAUGGUCAUCGCUCCGCAGUUCGACGGGCAGCGGCCGCCCGCAGUCGGCGCAUUUCGGCGCCACCGGCGACCAGGCGUCGGAGCCCUCCGCUAACCUUCAGCACCAGGCUCAGGCGAAUGCGGCAAGUAUCCGAGCGGCUAAGCUAGCUGAAAUGUCCGAGGAAGUCACGAGACGACAACAACAACAACAGCAGCAGUUUCAGCAGCAACAACAACAACAACAGUUUCAACAAUUACAACAACAACAACAAUUACAGCAGCAACAUUAUCAACAGCAACACCAGUUGCAACAAUUACAGGCUCAGCAGAAAGCGAAUACGGCGCACUCUCACAUUGGCGCGCAACCCAGUCCGAGCUCAAUGCACGUCCAUGCGAAUGCUCAAUCCAACCAAGCUCCAAUUCACGUGCAAACAAACCAAGGGUCCAUGCACGUGCAUACAACUGCACAGCCGAAUCAAGGGGGCAUGGGGCACGUGCAUGCUGGUAGUCAACCGGGGCAGAACCAGAUGCAUGUGCAUAGCAACGCGCACUACUCGCCGCAACUGCCGCAAGGCAUGCAUCUGAACAUGCACUCGCAGUACGUACACACAUCGCAGGCUCCCACUCAAGGAUAUCACAAUCAACAAGCUCAAUCGCAAAGAUACGACUGGCAUCCGUCCGGACCGCCUUCCCCACAACGGUCCCAACCGCCGGUUGCUCCUAAACCCGUUUCGGAGAUUACGAGAAGAUCAGAAACAGAGUUAGACGACCAAUAUAUGCAGCACUCCCAGAACCAAUCUACCUCGAGCGUGCAACCUGAUGACGAGCGGUAUGUGGCGAGCGCGUCGGAGCCGCCGGCCGUGUCGGUGUACCCCGCGGGCGGCGCAGGCGAACGCGCGCGGCCGCCCGCUCACAACCCGUGGCAGCGCGAGGAGCGCGAGCGCCAGGCCGAGGCGCGCCGCGCCGCCGCCAGGGCCAGGAGGGACGCGGCCAUCGCGCAGCUGGUGUCGCUGGGCAGCGCGCGCACGCCCGUGCAGAACCAGCAGCUGCGCGCGCUGCAGCUCGAGCGCGACUUCGAGCGCCGCGCCACCAUGCACCAGGAUGAGGGAGGGGAAAGAGAGGGUGGCGGGGAGGAGGAAGAGAGCCCGUCGCCGGAGCCUGAUCGAGAGCGAGAAAUGGAGCGGGACGCGCGCCAGCCGCCGCCGCCCAAGUCCAUCCUCAAGUCGGCGCCCCGGCCAGAACUCACCAACGGAUUCACGUCCCACACGAGCAUGUUGUCGGAGACGAGCCGCAUAACCGAGGUGUCGGCUAGCGUGAGCAACUUGUCGCUGACGGCGGCGGCCGACGACGGCGCGGCCGGCCCGCCGCCGCCGCCCGAGCGCGGCUCGUCCUUCGCGGUGAUGGCGGGCCGCCGCGCGCUCGACGCGCCGCUCGCCGCGCAACCGCCGCCUGCGACGCCUCAUCACGAACCGCCGCCUCAGUCGCCAGUGAGCGGCGCGCGCGACAAGCGCGUGUCGUUCCACGAGCGCGCCGCGGCCGCGCCCCCCGCGCCGCCCGCCUCCUCGCCGCCGCCGCUCGACCCGCCCGCCGCCGCCAGAGAGGACCCUGACCGCUUCAUCGAGGAGGCGGAGAGCAUGCUGGCGGGCGGCGCGUCGCCGGCCGCCGCGCCGCCCGCCGCGCACACGCCCGGCGUCAUCGGCGCGCAGGAGGUGUACAGGGAUCCCCGUGCGCGACGGUUGGCCGAGGCGCAGGCGCGCGCGCCGGCCGCGCCCGUUCCCGAACAACUCUCCUUCAAAGAGAAAAUGAAGAUGUUUGCACUCGAGUCGGGCGAACAGUCGACGCCCAAGGACAAGGUUAAAAUAUCACGGGCACAACGAGAUAUUGACGCUGUACAUUAAAUUAUCGGGCAAAUGAAUAAUGAAUAUCCAUUUAAGGGUACCGUAUUUCCAAAUUUAUGAUAGAUAUAAAAAUAUGCAUGUAUGACAAAAUUAUAAUGGCUAUUUUAAUUGGCGUAGAACACGUGUUAAAGUAAUCUUAUCGAUGUAAUCGAUUGUAUUUGACAUUAAUGGCAACUAUUUCGUUUUACAUGAAACAAAUAUUCAGUAUUACUUACUAUAGCAACAUGAAUCAGAAACUUACGAAAUAACUAAAUAUUUAUUCGAAAUAUUUAUUAGUUAUUUUCGAGUUAACUCGAAGAUGACGGUUGAUAAUGGACCAGAAAGAGCUUUUUGUAUUUUGUAAGUUAUUCCGCAAGAUUUACUAUUGACGGGACCUAGCACCAAUUUACAUGUCAAUCGUAGAAGUAAGUGGUAAUUCAAAGUUAUAUUUUUAUGAUUAGAACUUUAAUUCGUAAAAUACUGUGUCGCCUUAGCAGCUAGUGCAAUGUUUAGUGAUUAUAUAGCAUCUACCAUAUUAUAUUAUAGAUUUAUUUGAUUAUAUUCAAAAAUAAAACAAAUUAAAUACUUACAUAAGUAGGUAUGUGUUAAAUAUUUAUGGCACUCUAAUUAAGAAUAAUGAAUUGUUAACCCUCCAAAUUAGCCGUGUGCCAUUAUUAUGAUGAUUAAUGAUUACAUUUUAAAUUGUGACAUUAUUUUUUCAGAAAGGACCAAUAAAUAUAAUUAUAAAAUGAAAUUAGGUGGGUGCCUUUAAAUUUUCUAGAAAAUAAUGAAAUAAGAUUAUCAUUUUUACAAGUUCAUAUUAUAUAAAUAUUUCUUUAUGUUUAAGCUUCGUUACAUUCCAAAGAAUGAAUCAUUUAUUUUCUCUUUUAGUAAAGCAUUCCUCUUAAAAUAUAUAAUAUGUCAUCCAUCAACUCUGUUUCGUUUGACAAUUCAUCACAACUUUGUAUUAUGCAAAUAAUAAUUAAGUAUAUUAACUCUUAUGUAUUCCCCUAAACAAAUGAUAUCAAUCUAAAGCAAUACAUGAGCCUUGUUGUAAAUACAGUUUCAGUACUCAUUAAGCACUAUUUGUGCCAAAAAUUUACAUGAAUAAUAAAUAAUAACAUGAUCGGCGUACGGCGUGAUGAAGAGCAGCCUCUCAAUUUACAGGUCACAAUACUAUGGUCGCUCCUUGUAUAGCAUAUUAUUACUGUCAACAAGAGAGAUUAUUUACCUUUUUGUGGCACCAAUUUAUUGUACAUAAUGUAGUUAAUAAAAACCUUUUAUUGUGUUGAGGAUUUGUACACCCGUUGUAUUAUGUAAAAGUUUAUUUAAAAAUACAAUUAUAUCGAAAGUUAACAUAUGAAUGUAAGUAUGAGGCCUACAAAGCGUAGCAUUAGCGUAGUGACUGGGAGACCUUAUGUUUUCCGCAUUUCACCCAACGAUAGUCAAUUAGCAAGAGUAAAAUAUUUUAUAGAAUUGUUUUGGCGAUCAUAAUGUAGGUAUAUUAUAUUUCUAUCAACGGAGUUAUGUACCUACUCCAAUAGAAACCCAGAUUAAAUAGUGUAAUAAAAUACAUGUUACACUAUUAAUUAAUUAUUAUUAUUAAUGGUAGGAAUAUAACUGAUAUUGUACUUUAAUAAUUAAUAAAUAAUUAUUAGCAAUUUCAAAAUUAAAUUAACAAUCGCUACA